AUGGAGGUCACACAGCCAGGGCCGAAUGGCCAGGCCCUGGGCAGAGUGCGGAGGCGGUGCGGGCGCGCGGGGUGCUGGUGUGGCUGGGUGGACGCGGCCGCCACAGCUGGCACCCGCCAAUCUGCCUUUCCCUCCCCGGGCCUCUCUUUCCCCGCGGGCGCCCCCCCUACUCUGCCUGGGCCCUGCAGACCUGCAAACCCGAGGUCGCGAGCGGAUUUGCCCUUGGUCCUUUCCUGGGCUUGGCAGAGAGGUUCGGGCGGGAAUCUGGGUUCGCGCUGGAGAUGCGCAGCCAACGAAGGCCAGAAGCUGCGUGCAGGCUGGGUGCUGUCCCAGCGCGAGGCGGCGGAAUGCCCUCGCCGGGGGCCGCGGAGCGCCCAGCACCCGCCUGUUUCGUGCGGCGGUCCCCCGGCCCGGGAAAGCGGCCCUUGGGAACCCCAGCCAGUGGACUCCCCGCGAUCUCCGCGGGUCCUGAGCGCAGAGGCCGGCUGCCAGCUCUUUGGCCUUGGAUGGAAAGUGAGCAAUGGGGUGGGGGACUCCGGACCCCUUAACGUGGAUUACUUGGUGCGUCUCAGCCGGACUCAGAAGACCCACGACCUCGUCUCCAUCCGUGGAUUGAUUCAUUCUACAGAACAGUCGGGUCGCUCACCUGGAGGUGAAAUCAGAGGUUGGUGGCCAACCUGGGAAGGUGCUUCGAACCCAGAACGGAUGCAAAUGAAGGCUUAGGAAGGACUGGCAGAGGACUGGCAAAGGGCUGCUCUCCCUCACCCACACUUCCCACCAGGAAGCUUCACGGAGCCAGCGGAUGCCACCAGGGCCCCCCUGAAGGACCUGGCUAAGAUGGGACCAUCUCUUAAGAGACAAGAGCUCUGGAUAUGAUGAAGAAUUCCUCAGUGCAAAGACCCUCGCACUGAGAAAUGGGCUGUGUGUUCACUUGCCUGAGCCCAGAGACGCACGCAUCGUGGGACGUGACCUACAGUUGGAGAAGACACUGUGAUCCCAGGCCUUUUAUUUCUGUGGAGAACGUUUCCUCGGCUGCUGCCUCCUCUUAAGACUCCCCUCCCGCUCCUCCUCCGGAACAAAGGCCUUUCUGCCACACCCUCUUCAUGCCCCCCACCUCCACGUCUGCUGCGCCUUUGGACUCAACACUUCUUGUUUGCUCCAUUAUCUUCCAGCCGAUACAGAGUGAAUAGUUAACCACACUUCGGUCAAAUGGAAUCUUAAGUUUUGCUCCUGCUCCUUCUAGGGAAGUGUGUGUGCAUUGCUGUGCGAGCAGUCUUCUCAUUGAUUUGGGAUCUGGCCGCACAGGUUCCAGUGAUGCAGAUCAGUACAGAAGUUCCUCAGGCUCUCAGGGACAUUGGUGGGGACGUUGGUAGGGGAGCUGGAUUGUGAAGGCUGGUGUGGUCCGUGUUCAGCAGUCUCGGUUGGGAUCCCACACAGGUGCGCAUCUGGAGGAGCAGAGAAUGAACACGGUUGUUCAUUCCGAGUGUGACUUCUACGGAUGAGCUGAGUGUGACUUCACUCAGCUGUGAAGAGCCUCUUCUCUCAGGUGGCAGGUGGGGUCCACACCAGAACAGGGGACUUCCUUACAGACUGUCCAACUACCAUCGAUGGUGGAAUUUAUGGAGGCUCUUCUCCCUCCAGUGUGUGCUGAUGACACACACGCCUGACAACAGAUUGGGCCCCGUGAAACCCGAGUCCUGUUCAUUCCAUUCACUCCGUAGCUACCAUACGCAUGGCUGGAAACAUGUCCUCCCUAUCCGUGAUGGGUCAGCCAAAAUGCAGAGCCAAAGAGGUUUGCAGGUUCAGUUUCCAAAGCGAAUGGAUGACUUGUCUUUGUAAAAAGAAUUAAAUAUAUAUAUACCCACCUAUACAUUCCCUGUGUUGUAGGCGAUGUGUUUGUGUGACCAUUUGAUGACCUCGAUGGCAUCUCAGUGGAGCAAUGGGGUCAUCUUGGCAUCUCCGACUCACCACAAAAUGAGUGAGGAGAACCUGUGGCAGAGGGUUCACGCUCUUGAAAUGUAAGGCUUCUUUGUGGUUGUUUACCUUCCUUCCUUGACAUGCAGACAGACUUGUUGUGGUCGAGUCCUUUGGGUGUCAAAGAGCAGAGACCCACUUGUAUUGCCUCCAUAAAAGGCUGGCUCAUCCCAAGUUGCUGUGGAAGGAACAUAGACCAGAAACAGUCUACCUAGCAGCUGCCCAACUAAGCCUUUCCAAGAAGCCCCAAGUCAUUCAAGAUACCCAGUGGCAGUCAGUGGUUCCCCAGGAUAGCAGAACUGUCACAUCCUGGUCAUCUUGAUCUGUUAGCAGCAGGAUCCACUGAUUCUAGAAUUCUGCUGUCAUGAUGAGCUGCGGGCGACCGACCGUCCCAGUUUGCCUAGGACUGAGGGGUUUCCCAGGAUGCAGGACUUCCAGUGCUAACCCUGGGACGGUCCUGGGCAAACUAGAACAGUUGGUCACCCUGCUGGGUGAUUUGAUGACCCUCUGGUGCUCUUGAUUGGUUUGGCCAUUUGCCAUUCAGAACGCUUGUGUCUGGCUACUGGGCAGCCUAUAGAUAGAUGCCAUUGGAUCAGCCCCCAAUCUUGGCCAAAUCAACUGUUUCCAGGGUGACAGGGUUGCACAAUGUUGAAUAAAAACCUAGGUGUAAAGAACCAGCCGAGACCACUUCUUUCAGAUUUGUGCUAUUAUGGACAGUGCACGUGGCAGGCAUUCAAGGUGUCAGGGGCUUCUCUCCAACACAGUCCUACGUAAGAAGGUGAAGCUAACGUUCCUUAUUAAAAACAA